AGAAAUUCUGCAAGAACAAGAGUGGUAUCACACUGAACGCUUGUAGUUAUGUCGAAGAACAAUUAUUUGGAAGUUCAAAAGGCAAUGGAAGGUAUUGUACGUGAUGCGUCUCGUACGAUUAUAUUUCGCAAUAAAAGUUGGUACAGUACUAAAAGCCUCCCUGAAAUGAGUGACUACAUAAAAAGAGUUGAUAUCAAUCUUGAUGAUGUUGAUGGAUUGAACAUAAUUCAUGUAAGUGGUACAAAGGGUAAAGGUUCUGUGUCUGCUUUUUGUGAAAGUAUAUUACGAGCAAAUGGGUUCAAAACAGGAUUAUACAGCUCACCACAUUUGGUAGAAUUUCGUGAGCGAAUCCGCAUCAAUGGUUUAACACUGACAAAGGAUGUUUUCAGUAAAUAUUUCUUUGAUGUCUACAAUAAAUUAGAGUCAACAAAAUGCGAGUAUCCUGAAACUAUGCUGAGUGGAUUCAGAUUUAUGACAUUAAUGGCAUUGAAUGUGUUCAUACAUGAAAAGGUUGAUGUUGUCAUUCUUGAAGUGGGCGUUGGUGGCGCUUAUGAUUGCACCAACAUUGUGCAAAGCCCGAGAGUGGUUGGCAUCACUUUAUUGGACUUGGAUCAUACAAAUUUGUUAGGAAACACGAUUGAUAGCAUAGCAUGGCACAAAGCUGGAAUAUGCAAGCCUGGCCGACCAGCAUUCACAAUCCCACAGGUACAGGAGGCCAUGAAUACAUUGAGAUGUAGAGCCAAUGAAAUACACGCGACGAUUCAGAUUGUGCCCGACUUGGAUGAUUACGAUUGGCAAGGGAAGCCAAUGAAGCUUGGACUUGCUGGCGAACAUCAACGUAUUAACGCAUCUUUAGCAAUACAGUUAUGUAGAACAUGGAUAGAAGAACAUAACCUACAUCACUCCAACAAGAGAGCAGGGUUUGGACGUACCAAUACAUAUAGCAUGGAUGGCGACAUCCAGACAGCUUCAGCAUUCAAGUUACCAGCCACGUUUAUAUCAGGACUUCGCGACUGUUGCUUGCCAGGGCGUACACAAAUCGUAAAACAUGACAAUGUUACAUACUAUCUGGAUGGAGCCCAUACACCAAUGAGUAUGAAGGCUGGUGUUAAGUGGUUUAAAGAAGCAUCGGCAGAAGAAAAGCAAACUCUAAAGAAUCGUGUUGCGAAAGUGUUGAUAUUCAAUGUUACGCAUGGCAGGGAUGCUAAAUUAUUAUUGGAGCACCUGGGGCAAUGUAACUUCGCAGCGACUGCCUUCAGCCCAGACAUCACUGAUGUAGACGAUUUAGUAGAAAAAACUUUUGAGAACCUAGUAGAAGAACUUACUAUUUGCAAAGAGAACAGAGGCACAUUUCAGGCAAUGAAAGGGGAAUUAUAUGAUGCAUUGCCAAGCAAACCCACAUCUGCGAGUUUUGUGUGUGCUAUGCAUGCUGUACAGUGGGCAGCCUGCGGCAAAGAUCCAUAUAUACCACAUCCAAGACACAAGGAUCCAACACCACCUCAAAGUAUCAUGGAAGCAGACCAUGUGCAAGUCCUGGUCACUGGAAGUCUUCUUUUAGUCGGUCGAGUCAUUGGAAUUCUUGUUCCAGAUUUUGUAGCAAACGGCAAUGUAUUUGGUGGUGAUUAGCUUUGCCAGUUUACAGCAAUGUCUCUAUCUAUAAUAGAUGAAUUUUGGCAUUGGUGCUAUUAUUGAAAUAAUAACUAGUUAUUGUGAUUUCAGCAGAUAUUAGAAAGGGUUAGAAGGAAUAAAGGAAAGGAUAUGUUUUAUUCAACAAUUUAGCUAUACCAUUAUAUUUGCACACCUGCACGGCUAAACAAUGAAUUAGCUGUAUGUCUAAUUAGCUUGUUUAUGCAAGGUUUUAAUUACCAUUAAUUUAGCCUUGUAUUACGUACUAACACUGAUAAUUAUAUUUACUGUCCCAAUGUUAGUUAAUACUGUGUUCUAAAAUAGGCAUUUUCAAUGC